GACAACAAUAAAAUGCAAUUUAGAAAAGAGUUUACAAGCAGUCCCGAGAAAGUUUCUAUAGAUUGUUGUAAGCAAACUGAUGAAUUUUUAUGUAACCUUCUCCCAUAGCAGGAAAUUGGUGAUUCCCCCUUUGAGUUAGAGGCGUGCUGCAAAUCUUGAUUGGCUCCUUCCUUUUUAUAAGGAUGGGGCUCAGGUCCAGCGACGCUGAAAGCACUAAAGUAAAACAACCGGUUAGUUUUCACCUCUAUCCCUAGGCUUAUCCCUUCAAACAAUGUCUACAGAUACGUAAUCACAUCAGGGCUGCAAAAAAAUGAACGAACGCAUUCAAAAGAAGACGUCGCAUGCGUCACCCGGCUAGCACAACAUGCUACAGGCGUCGCGAAAGCCUUUGUCUGACAGCCGCAGCUCAGAGGCGAGCGCGGUACUAACACGUAACGGUCGUGCCGCGUCUACCUGCCACGAGUAAACGGCAGCGGUAAAAAAAACACGACAGUUACAGUAACAGUGAGUUGUUGUCACACGACCACUGAUCUUGACCGGCUGAAUAAGCGUUGACAGCAACUUCCGCUACUCUUGUCAAUUCUUCCAGCGAGAAAAACGCUGCUAGUACUUCGAACUUCUUUUGUGCGAGAAACGGCAAGACGACUUAUCUGAGAGCUGUCGCGUUUCAGCAGCAACUAGAUUAUUGCAACGCAGAGAUUUUUGUUUGUUGGGAGAAAGAGUUCUUCAAAAAGCGCUUGUAACAAUGUCGGGCGCUGAAGAGGAUGCCGCCGAGGAGGAGGAGGUCGAGGUCCUCGAGAACUCAGUGGCGUUUCAUGUUCUCGACGAGCUUGGAGGGGAAGGAGAGAUACCGGCACAACAGGUGGAGAUUCUCAAAGACAGAUAUCAGCGGCAGCACGACGCGGUUCUGUCGAUAUACGAGAACGAGAAGAAGUUCUUGGACACGGCAAAGGAUCUGAAUACAAAACUCAUGAGUACUUAUACUAACACCGUCAGUUGUAAGCUCAGUAAAUACAGAUUCUAGCUUAUUUGCAGUUGAUUUUUUUCUUUACAUCCACGCGGUGCUUGGAUUAGUCUCGAAGAUUUCUUUGGACUGUUUCCUGAUGAAAACCGACGAAGUUAAGAAAGUGAAAGUAGCAUUCUGAAAUUUGAAAUUUUUCGCAAUAUCAGCGGAGAAAAUAAAACUCGAGAAGGCGCUUGCGGAGGCGGAAACACAGCAAGAGGAGGUGAAUCUAAAGCGGGGAAGGAUAAAGGACUUUUAGGACUUGGGGUUUCCCAUACGGAACACAAGAAACUAGAUGAAGAGAUUUAUCUCUUUUCUCCUACCUAGGAAAUGGUCGAAACCGAAUAUCAUCUCCUGACAUAAUCGCAGUCUCUCUAAUAUGUGGACAAGCAGUUAGAAAACACGCUAGACGAAGAGGCAACGCUUGAUUUACGUGCGCAGGAGCUCGAGGGUAGCUUACGGGAGCUAGUGGAGCAGAUAUCAAACCAAAAAGCAGCAGAACAAGCAGCUUUCAGACCUUUAGUAUUAAGGCUACCGGAAUGCUAAUGAAAUGUCCAUCUCCUAUAAAUGUCCAUCUCCAAUUGGUUACAGAGGUGCUUCUGACGCGAUAAAGUACAAGUCUUCAUAUCUAUAAAAAUCGGGUUUCACAUGAAAGAUUAAGAUUCUGUUGAUGUGAAAUAUAAAGUCAGAGGCUUUUUUGAACAAGUAGAGGAGAUGGAUUUCAACGGGUAGCGCUAAUAGCAGAGAACAUGGAGUCCCAGUUGCAUCAACAGCGAGAACAAUUAGCGCAAUUGGCACUAUCCAAACAAGAGAAGGAGCAAGCGAAAGCGGCGUAUCUAUUUGCUCGAAUUCUGACACCUCUCACCCUAGCAUUGUCUACUUGUAGUUACGAUGUACUUGUAGUGGGCUGUCCACUUUUUUAUUCCCCGAAUAGAAAUUAAGAUUACUUUCAUAUUUUUCACUAAAAGGCAUUUCUUGUAGUUUCAAUUGAUCUUCGAGUUGUACGACAAGGAAGUGUAAUGGAAAGGCUCGAUCCCGUCUUAAACCGCUCUCAACAGGGACCUAGAGAAGUGCGCGGUUCUUCGGGAUGAUUUGGAGACGACGCAUGUGAUCAAUCUAGAACAGCACGAGCGUGAGCUGAACAAGGUAAAAAACGAGCCGGGACGCGUCCGCAAGCAGGUCGAAAAGUUCGAUACUGUCUGGAAGAGCAUGAAGAAGGCUGACGAACAGGUACAGCAACAGCUUACUGGCUUUUGAAUAGAAAAUAGACGGUUACUUUUCCCUCGUCUUACUUCCCUCAAACAAAACGAUUGGCAGGCUUUGCAGGUUGUUUGUGGUUUUCAAAAGAGAUGAAACCGUGAGCAAGUCAACGCAGAAGCGGAGAAAUUGACCUGCUUUUUCUUCGUCUUUUCUUUCAUCAUCCUUACAACUUUCUCGUUUCCCUCUACGUGCUCCGUCUUAUGUUUCCAAAAAAAAUUUGUUGAACAGGUCCUAGAGGACCAAGCGCUGUUGGACAGGAAAAUGGAGGAAUUGGUAGAAAAGCGUCGGGCCGUGGAGGACCAGCGUUCAAAAGCGACGUUGCGCGUGCAGUUGAUGAAAGACUCGGUGGUCUCAAUAGGACAAGACUUUAUGAUGGACUCAAUGAUGAAUCGAGACUCGUACGCUAAUAUGCUGUUCCCUUUUUAUGAUGCACUGUUAUAUAUAAGACUUAAGAGUGCUUAUAGUUCCCAAAGGACAGCUUGUCACCAGGGAUGAUUGUUGUUGUGAUUUCGCGAGUACCCUUUCGAUCCAGUUGAUACUAAUCAAUGGGUAUGAAGGCUUCUUGUUUUUCUAAUCUGCUCGAUGAAAUAAGCCGCAAGCUCGAGCGGGCACGGAAUACUAGCGCAGACCUGCUAGCGAAGAAGGUCGGUUUAGAUAUGGAGACGAGGAUUGUCUCUGAAGAUAUACGGCACAGUAUGGACGACAGGAAAAAGAAAGAGCAAGCACUGGACAGAGCACAGCGGGAUUUGAGACGCAAAGAGGGCAUAAUCAAGUCGCUCAGGCAGCAAAUUCCUCCACUCCAGGCGCAAAAGAAAGAGCUCGAUAAAGAUGCUGCUGAUAAACGUAUUUACAACUAGUUUCUGCUCUUUUCUCGUGAUCCAUAUACCCUGAACUGCUGGUUGUAGCGAGAAGUGGAAGAAGAAACUCGCUGCUGUAAAGAAGAGACUCUACCUGGCUCUACUAGAAGUUGGUGUCGGGUGCAUGUUGGUGUCGUGCAGCAUGCUGUUGGUUUUAUACGUCAAGUUUGACUUUGAACCUCCAAAACCACUUCAGGCGACGAGAACAGUAAGCAGCAGCUUCUUCUAGACGAGAUCCAGAACGAAGUCGAUGUCUUUAUUGGGGCCUACUUGAAGCAGGAAGGAGUAGAGAAGGAGAAACGAGAUGAGGUACUUGUGCUACAGGAAGCGUUGCAAGAUCUGCGACAGGAGCUGAGCAAUCUUCGACGACAAAAUGCUGACUGGAGCAAGCACUUGCUUACGAAGAGGAAAUGUAGUUUUCGAACAUUUUUGUAAAGCCGCUAGUACAGUAAAACUAAAAGUAGAUCUAUUUUUAUCGAAUAUGUGUAGGUCGUUCUUUCCAGUGGAAGUUAGCUUCUUCUAAGAUUCGUUUCGUUGAGCAGGCACACGCAAAGCUAGAAAAAGACUAUCAAGCGGCAUCUAGGCUGUCGAAGGAGGUGUGGGGUCAAGUGCACAUGAAGCAAAUGUUCGAAUUCGAAGCCCGUAGAAAACUCACGGAAGUAGCAGAAAGGCAGAAGGAAUUCUGCGCUGCAUACGAAGUGUUAUGAUGUCGUGGAUGAUAUAGACAUGGACUAAGUAGAUCUAACGAGGACGUCUAAUCGUGUUUCCUGAUUUAGUUUGGCUUAGCAGUUCAAGAAGGCAGAUCUGAUAAAAGAUAAUCUGACAAGAUCCAUUGCUAGCAUGGAUUCUGCAGCUUCGGUCAAUGUAGAUUCUAAGAACAGUGAAAAACGAGCGGAACAAGUACGUCGCUUUGAUUCAGGCAGCUUCGCAGAAACUCUCGGAGAUGCGCGAGAGAUUCAAGGUUUUAGGAAACGAAAUCGAAAUUCUGAAGCUAGAAUCGGCCGGAAAGGACAAAACAAUAACGGAAACGAAAGGUACAACUUCGACUUUUUGAGGAGCUUCUCCUUGAUCUUCGUAAAGAAAUACACGGGCGUAGGAUGGUAUGCCUGUUGGUUCUUGUUAUGGAAAUUCCCAACUUCUCGCCUCUACCUCUCAGGCGGCAUCCAAAAGCAGCGAGCAGUACGGGACGCGUUCAGGCUAGAGCUGACACGGGUAAUUCACAAAAUCAAUAACGGAAACCAGAAUGUGGAGCUCUAUGUUCUCGAAAUAGAUAAACUGAAUGCGCUGAUCAACUCGCUAGAGCGGGACAUCACUCUACUCAAGCAGAAGUACGAGGAGGCGGUGCAGCAAAGUACCAUUCUGUGUUACUUGUAGUGGUAGAGGUAAUUUUCGCUUUCGAUGGUCAUCUAUUUUCAUGAAUGUUCUUGCCAUAACUAAAAGACACAAUGUUCAACGUGAUUUCCAAAAUAUGCAGGAAAUGAGACUGGAAUUCAGCUCAUCGAUCGCAAUGACGAACUGUGUAUCCUCUGGGAGAAGUCAAAUGUGCACGAGCUCCUGCUGAAAAAGGGAGAAAUGGGUGUACAACAGAAGCUGGAAGAUCUGCGGUCUUGCCGACUAGACUUGGGAGCUCUGAACAUUACGACACUUGAUAUUUGAUUAAUUCUUUGCAUUUUCCUUGCUAUGAAGAGGCAAGUACUUUGGCUUUAGCAGGAACAAGAAGUAGUUUCUGUUUCUUUGAUUUUAGCAGGCAUAAGAUUGAUGUCCGUGUAGUCCUCAUCUCUAAAAGCAGACGGAUGGUUUCAAUGAAUCGAGGCAUCACGGACACUGCGCAGUACACAGAACGUGUGCUCAUUCUGAAGGACCAGCUUCGUGCGGUGAAGAGACAGAGCGACACACUCUCAGCGGAGCUUGAGAAUCCAAGCAGUAAGGUACAGAGAUGAGGUCCGGGCCAAAACUUCGACAGGACGCUACUUGUUCAGUGCAACCCGUUUCAAUGAAUGAAUGAAUGAAUUUAAAACAAAGUAGUAGAUUUUUACUACGGUUUCAUUCUAAAAGCAAUUGUACUUGAAAGAAUGAAAGAAUUUACCUACUUCAUCACCUCCUCUAGGUCCGCAAGUGGCGAUUUCUGGGUGACGCUGGCGCGGACCCAGACCAUGAUACGUUGCUAGCGAAACGACAGUGGUUGGAAGAGCGAUUGAAUGCCAAGGAAGAACAGCUGUUGGAGAAAGAGUUGAUAGUAGAGGAAGUUACCGCACUGUCGGAGAAACUGAGUUAGGGCAUCUGGAAUCAUACUAGAAAAGAUGUUCAAUUUACCCUCGGAAAAUAUUUUUUGUCCUUCUAUAUUAUGUAAUAGCAGGACGCGACUGCAACUGAUGAAGAUGAUUAUUCGAAGCAGUUUCAUCCUAUCUCACCUGAACAACCUUGGUUUCUUUUGACUAGUAAACUUAGUUUAUGGCAACGUCUUCUUCGCUCUAAGACCGGGUUCAAGCCAUUGAGGGGAGACAGAGCACGCUGAAGAUGUCACAGCGCGUCAACCAGUUUCAAGCGAAAAUGAAGUUAUGAAACCUUGAGCUUAUAUUUUUAGUGUUUUAGAGUCAAACUGACGCUUGUUGUUGAGGAAAUGCCUCCGAGAACCGCUCAUGAAGUCAUUGAUAAACUACGACCAAUGUUGAUCUUCUCUAAUAAAUGAGGUGACGAGGCAGAUGAUGGCGACAGUAUCGGAGCUUUCCAUGUAUCAGGCCACAAGCAUGAAGUUAGGAGAGGAAGCUGCACUUCUGCGAGACGCCAGUGCGGAAGCUAGAGAAAGUAGUUUUCUGAUGGUUUAUUGUAAGUGCGGAUAGCGGACGCAGACAUCAUUCAUUUUGAAUUUUUUGUAGUUCGCUCUUACUUCUAACUCUCCUAUCACUUACUUAAUCUUUCCAAUCUUAAAAUACGUCAUUGACUGCAGACUAACCAAUUCCAUCCAAACUCAAACAAAACGAAAAAUGUCAUCCAGCAGCAAACCGCCUCUCUGUCCUGUGAUCAGGAUUUUUUUCAUCUCUAGUGGAGUAUGGUUCUCGACUAUCUAAGGCUCGCAAGCUUAUUGUAGUCACACGGCAUCUCCCUCCAAACUCAGGACUACGCAAUGGCAUUGCACCUACUGACACUGCGGAGGAGGAAUUCGAGCGCUUGAGGGAGACGGAAGGCCAGCGAAGAAUCGACCAAGAGCGGGCAAAGGCGAGGUUACAGGAGGAAGCUAUACUGCACAGCAAUGUGACGCGCACAACCGCCGAACCGCGCGUGAACGCGUAUAUUCCGGAGGGCGCCUACGGUCUGCCCAAGGCCUACGGAAAGCAUACCCCUUUCAUGCCACAACCCGCUGGCGCAACCAUGCGGCAUAUUCGAAACCCGAACCCAAAGCCAGUGGAAAUAUAGUCUGUCAUAUUUUCACUCUGGGCAAGCCUGCCAGGGGUAUAAUAUCUGGAAGGCUUCGGCCCGUUACAGGUUUCCAGUACUUACGUUUUUAGCCGUCUACUGCUAGGCAUUCCUGAUUCCUAAAAAGACGAAGACCCCAAGGACAAACACAGCGUCUUCGUCGAGUCUUUUUGACAUUUGCUAUUCGAACACUGACUCGUUGUUCCCAUCAAGUAUGAUUACGAGUAUUACAAGUAUGGUCCGCACUGCUGUAACAGUUGAAACGCUGCGACCACUUAUUGCAGAUUGAAAUAGAAAGAUAACUACGCUUGAUUUGAGUAAUACGCUUCCCACAGCUGAUUCAAUGUUGAAGAUCGAUUGACGAAAUAUUAGAGUUUUCACUUUGUCACAAGAUGCAAAUAAGGUUCUUCAUUUUUGCUUACAGAGAACGUGAGUUUUGAACACGCAAACAAUUAUUUUUCUUUCGCUAUAAGAUACGCACUUAUUGUUUCGCACUAUAGAAUUUUAUUUCCUUUCGCAGUUGCUUGAAUGGGAUAGAUACGCACAACGGCCGGGCCUCGACAAUGGAUAUUGAGGGUAGUCGCGACCUCCAGCUGCGAUGUCUCACUUUGUAUGAACCCAAUUGAUGUUGUCGCAAAUUUUUGACAACUGAAGUCGCAGCUCGCGGGGUCCGCGUAAUUCCGGUUACGCACAGCCUCGGCAACGGUUUUAUUACAUGCUUAGAACUAACACGAACACAAAUACUGGGAACAGCAUUCGAUUGCGAAAAUAGACAUAAAUGAACUUCCGCUUUUUUCAUAAUUUGACGAUGUCACAAAUGAAACGAGAAAGGCAUCAGCAAUUUUACGCCAGAU